CUACUUAUUCAGUGCCUACAUUUUAUUCUCUAAUUUAUGGUGGUUUUACUGGUUUUGCUAUAUUAGUAAAUUAUUUGGUUUAUUUUCAACUUAUGAUUUUACAGGACCCUCUCUUAUUACUAAACUGUAGCGACGCUCAAUGAUGUACUUACCUAUCGUUGAUGGCUUUGAUAACCGCAGCUUAUUUUGAAAUUUGGUUUUCUAGGACUCUAUCCCCGGUAACCAUAGGUGCAAAUUGACAAAUUAUUUCGGGGGGGACUAAAGCCCCUCCUAUAAUAUUAAAAAUUAUAUAUGCUCAGUAGUAGUCAGUACUAAUUACUGACUUUUGAACUGGGGGGACUUGGCAGAAAUGUGGGGGACUAAGUGCACCCAAGCCACCACCUAUUUGCGCCAAUACCAGUAACUAUUAUAAAUCCUAGUUAGGCCCAUGAAUGUAAUGCAGAUACUGUUCACAGUUAACUUUUACCUGACAUUUAACCAAAUCUGUAUAGUGUAUAGUGAAAUAAAUUCUAUAAAUGUAUAAUACAAUCGUAUUUUGACAUUCCUGUAUGCGUAUACACGAUUGGACGUGACAUGUGAAUUAUACUAUUAUAUCAGUAUAAUAUAGUAUUGACUAUUGGCUAUUGUAGUGUAUAAUAUGACAAUAGUCAAUAUGUAUACUGUAAAACUCGUCUACCACAGAUUAAAAUAAUGAAACAUUUAAUUAUAAUGUAUAAUUUAAUCAUUGUUUCAUUUAAUCUGUGCUCAUACGGCGUAUUGUGUAUAGUUAUACAAUAACUUACAAUAUAUUAAUAUAUCACGAUGUCAUGCGGUCAUCAUCAUAAUUGUUUGGCAAAAUAAAUACGGGAAUAUACUAGGUAGCUAAUAGCUAUACAUUUUACAUCAAUGUUGUAGUUGAUGCACAUCAUAUAAUUUUCUGGAAACUUUUAUCAAAAUUGUGAAACACUAAGAUGACAUGUGAUGCAUGUCAAUACAACACAGAAAAUUCAGAAAGUUUUAAAUUUGUAAACAAAUACGGCAUACACUUUAUGUGGUACCCUGCUACAUUUUCACAAUCAAGACUAGGAAAUAAAAAUUCAAAAGGGAGUAAUGCGUGUACUCUUAUUGCUCUACUCAUGGCUACAAACAUAAAUACAUCAAAAAUCCGAGUAAAUUGUUUGUUCAUACCACCGGCCAAAGACAGCCUCACUGAAUUGUUUUCAGAUGCAAUACUAAAUGGUAAUGUAAUCCACCAAAAUUUGUUCAAAAACAGCUGUUCAUCUCAGAACACAAACCUAACCGUGCCAGAAGCAAUGAAAGCAGGAGAAUCAUCACUGGGCACCAUGACUGAAUGGAAAAGUUCAGUUUAUUUUAACAAUAUGAUAAUCAACUUGUAUGCAGAGAUGAACCGCUAUGUAAUAGAAUGGUACACAAACCCCCCGUGUUGUCAACCAAACAAUCUUUACAUAGUUCUUAUUGCUCACAACAAAGCAAUUUUAAUAGUAAUACAAUUAGAUAUGAACUCAGUAUUACUUAUUGAUUCUCAUCAACAUUCAUCACAUGGGGCUUUGAUUUGUCAAUGUCGAAUAUCAAAAUUGGAAAACCUUUGUUCGUGGUAUGCAAAAAUGUUGUGCAAUUCAGCCGGGUCGAAUCCAGAUGCAUACGAACUUAGUUUUUUAUAUUACAAGUGUGAAAAACAAAACAAUAAAAACACUAUUUGAUUUUAAA